AUGAGCGAUCAAAAGCUACUCGAGCAAGAUCUGUCGUUUGAAUCCUUCGAUCUCGAUCCACGCCUCGCACGUGCAGUAGCGCAACUCAAUUUCACCCAUCCAACACUUGUCCAAGCCAAGGCCAUUCCUCUUGCUCUUGGUGGAAAAGACAUUCUCGCUCGUGCACGUACCGGUAGUGGCAAGACUGCAGCCUAUGCCAUUCCCAUCGUUCAAAAGAUAUUGCAAUCCAAAAAGGAGGAGAGCGAUAAUGCUAUCAAGGCAUUGAUCCUGGUACCUACUCGCGAGUUAGCCGAACAAGUAACCAAGCAUAUCAAGAAACUUGUUGUCUACGCCAAGGAUGUUGUACGUGUGGUCAAUUUGGCUGGUCAAAUGACACCUCAAAUGCAACGACCUAUUCUUGCGGAGAAGCCUGAAAUCAUUGUUUCAACACCUAGCAAAGCAGUGGUUCAUUUGGAAGCUAAGAAUAUGGAUUUGACUGGAUCAUUGGAUACGCUGGUCAUUGAUGAAGCCGACCUUGUCCUUUCAUUUGGCUAUGAACAAGAUUUGCGCAAGAUUCUCUCAUAUCUUCCCAAGAUCUAUCAGAGUUUUCUCAUGUCAGCUACAUUCACCAAAGACAUCGAAGAUCUGAAGCAGCUUGUCUUGCGUAAGCCUGCCAUUCUACAGCUACAAGAGGAAGAAGAUGAAUCUGAAUACCUCACACAAUAUGCUAUCAAAUGUAACGAAUUUGAAAAGUUCCUCUUCACCUUUGUGAUCAUCAAGCUCAAACUUAUCCGUGGCAAGCUCAUUUUAUUCGUCAACAAUGUGGAGCGUUGUUACAAGCUCAAGCUUUUCUUGGAGCAAUUUUCGAUUCGAUCAUGCGUGCUUAAUUCUGAAUUACCACUGAAUUCUCGAUACCAUAUUGUGGAAGAGUUCAACCGCGGCAUAUACGAUUAUUUGAUUGCAUCGGAUGAAUCACAGCUUCGUGGUGAGGUGGAUAGCGAGGAUGAGCAAGAUGAGGACGAGGAAGAGGAAGCUGAUAAACAACAUGGCAAAAAGAAGAAACGAGAUACGCAGGACAAAGAAUAUGGUGUAUCACGUGGUAUUGAUUUCCAAGGCGUUGCAGCAGUGAUCAACUUUGACUUUCCAUGUUCUGCCAAAGCAUAUACCCAUCGUAUUGGUCGUACGGCGCGUGGUGGACAAAAGGGUAUUGCUCUAUCAUUUAUUGUCACAAAGGAGACAGGACGUUUGGAGCCUGAUCUUGUCAAGUUGGUCGGUCGUGGCAAGGAUGUAUAUGACGAUGUUAUCUUGGCUCGAGUGGAGAAGCAGCAAGAGAGCAAAGGAUUGGAACUCAAACCUUAUGGUUUUGACAAGAAGAAUGUGGAUGGGUUCAAAUAUCGAGUACAAGAUGCACUUCGGUCCGUGUCCAAAGCAGCUAUUCAAGAAGCCCGUAUCACUGAAAUCAAACGAGAAAUUCUCAAUUCGGAAAAGUUAAAGACGCAUUUUGAGGACAAGCCAUUAGAUCUUGAUUUCUUACGCCAUGACAAGGCCGUACGCCCCGCCCAUGUCAAACAACAUCUCAAACACAUCCCUUCCUAUUUGAUGCCUCGUGUCACGUUACCGGGUCAAUCUUCGGAACAUAGCCCACGUACAAGACCGGAGGAUGUUCCCUUCCACAAUGAAAAGAAGCGCCGGAAAGGAUUCCAAAAACCAAAUGCAAAGAAACGGAGAUCAAACCCUCUCAAAGUGGUGCGCGCAAGGCGUUGA